UUCGUUUCCCGGAAGAUGUGGGUAAUCAGGUUUUCUAGUUUUGACCUUUGACCAAUAUAUCUUUUGAUCUUCCAUUUCCAGUCGGCCAUCUUGCCCUUUGUUUGUGAUCCUCCGUCUUUCAAUUUUCAGGCUCCUUCUAGACAACACGGGCGAGCCAAGAGAUGGCCAAUCCCAGCGAAGAUCUGCGCCCUCUCCAUUCUGGGAAUGGGACAAGCAGCAGGGAGGACCAGACAACAGACAUGGGCUGGCAGCAGAACAGGGAAGGACAAACUUCAUGUCAGGAAACAUUUCAUGGGACUGUUAAGAGGACCACGUCCCCAAAAAUAGAGGAUCACAACAAAGCCCUACUUCCAAACAAAACAAAAGAUAUGGGCUGGCAACAGUACAGGGAAGAGCAAACUUCAUGUCAGCAAACUCCUCACAUGAAUGCUGAGAAAACCCUGUCCCUAAAUAUGGAGGAUCACAACAAAGCCCUCCAAAACAAGACAACAGACAUGGGCUCACAGCAGGACAGGCAGUCUGAGGACAGGGCAGAACAAGCUUCAUGCAAGGAAAUGUUUCAUAUGAAUGUUGAUAAGAUCAAUUCCUUGGUACCACAAACAGAGUAUCACAACAAAGCCCAACUUCAAAACAAGACAACAGACAUCGGCUGGCAACAGAAUAGGGAAGAACAAGCUUCAUCCAAGGAAACAUUUCAUAUGAAUGCUCAGAAGACUUUGGUCCCACAAAUAGACGAUCACAACAAAGCCCCACUUCAAAAUAAGACAACAGACAUCUGCUGGCAACAGAAUAGGGUAGAACAAGCUUCAUGUGACAAAACGUUUCAUAUGAAUGUUGAAAAGACUGAUUCCUCCUCCCCACAUGUAGAGUAUCACAACAAAGCCCUACUUCAAAACAAGACAACCAACAUGGACUGGCAACAGGACAGGGUAGAACAAACUUCAUCCAAGGAAACGCUUCAUAUGAGUGUUGAAAAGACCAAUUCCUUGUCCCCACAUGUAGAGGAUCAUGACAAAGCCGUACUUCAAAAGAAGACAACAGAGAUGGGCUGGCAGCAGGACAGGGAAGGGCAAGCUUCAAGACAGGUAACAUUUCAUAUGGAUGUUCAGAAGAAUGAUCUCUUGUCCCGACAAAUACAGGAUCAAAACAAAGCCCUUAUUCCAAACCAGACAACAUUAACAGGCAUGGGCUGGCAGCAGGACAGGGUAAAACAAACUUCACGCCAGGAAACACUUCAUCCGAAUGUUCAGAACACCUUGUCCCCACAUAUGGAGGAUCACAACAAAGCCCUCCAAAACAAAACAACAGACAAGGGCUGGCAGCAGGACAGGGAAGAACAAGCUUCAUGCAAGGAAACAUUUUAUGUGAACGCUGAGAAGACUUUGGUCCCACAAAUAGACGAUCACAACAAAACCCUACUUCAAAAUAAGACAACAGACAUGGGUUGGCAACAGAAUAGGGAAGGGCAAGCUUCACGCCAGGAAACACUUCAUAUGAAUGUUCAGAACACCUUGUCCCCACAUAUGGAGGAUCACAACAAAGCCCUACUUCAAAACAAGACAAUCAACAUGGACUGGCACCAGGACAGGGAAGAACAAGCUUCAAGCCAGGAAAUGUUUGAUGGGAACAUGAAGGAAACUUGGUUGGCCGCACAUCUAGAACUGAUGGAAAGGAAUUCCCAUUUAGUUCAGCACAUGACAGAACACACGGGUAAUAAACCUUACAAGUGUGGGGACUGUGGAUACAGCGGAGCUAAAAAGGCCGACCUGUCCAGGCAUUUGAGAGUUCAUACCGGAGAAAAGCCCUACAAGUGUGACCAGUGUGACUACACUGCAGCAGCAAGAUCCAGCUUAGGCAUUCACCUAGCAAAACACGCUGUUGAGGGAUACUUCACCUGUGGGGAGUGCGAGUUCAAGACACAUCGAAGGUCCAACCUAGCCCGACAUGUGAGAACUCACACAGGGGAUAAACCCUACAAGUGUGACCAGUGCGAUUACUCUGCAGCAAGGAAGUUUAGCUUGGAACUCCAUCGAGCAAAACACACAGGCGAGAAACCCUUCGUUUGUGGGGAAUGCGGGUACAGGACAGCAAACAAGUCAGACCUGUACAGACACGAGAGAAUUCACGCAACAGACAAACCCUAUAAGUGUAAUUUCUGUGACUAUUCUGCGGCAGUAAAGUCCACUUUGGACAUUCAUGUAGCCAAACACACUGGCAAAACCCCCCGCUUUGAGUGCAAGGAGUGUGGAUACAAGACCCAUAUACGGUCGAACUUAAACAGGCAUAUGACAAUGCAUACAGGAGACAAACCCUACAAGUGUGACCAGUGCGACUAUUCUGCAGCACAGAAGUGCAGCUUGGACGUCCAUUUAGCAAAACAUACAGGAGAAAAGCCCUUCAAGUGUAAUCAGUGUGAAUAUUCUGCCACAAAGAAAUCUCAUUUGGACAGCCAUUUAGCAAAACACACUGGAGAGAACCCCUACAUGUGUGGGAAGUGUGGGUACAAGACAGCUCAAAAGUCUCACUUAUCCCUUCACAUGAGAAUUCAUCAUACAGAAGAAAAAACGUGUGAUCAGAGUGAGAGUGAGAAGUCAAGUUUGGACAUUCAUUCAGCAAACCACACUGGUGAUAAGCCCGACAAGUGUGGGGAGUCAGGAUACAGUGCAAUUAAAAAAGUUAACCUGUCCAAGCAUUUGAAAACUCGAACAGGAGGAAAGCUUUACAAGUGUGGUCAGUGUGACUAUUCUGCACCACGGAAAUCCUAUUUGAACAGCCAUGUAGUAAAACACAGUGGUGAGAAACCCUACAUAUGUAGGGAGUGUGGGUACGCAGCACGGCACAAGUCAACCUUGUCCAGGCAUGCCAAAACUCAUUCAGAAGAUAGGCCCUACAAGUGUGACCAGUGUGACUAUUCUGCAAAGCACAAGUCCAGUUUGGACAUUCAUUUGGGAAAACACAGUGGUGAGAAACCCUACAUAUGCAUCGAGUGCGGGUUUAGCACACACGGGAAGCCUAACCUGUCCCAACAUAUGAGAACCCACACCGUAAACAAGCCAUACAAAUGUGAUCUGUGUGACUAUUCUGCAGCACGGAAGUCUCACUUAGACAGCCAUUUGGUGAGACAUAGUAUUGAGAACCCCUACUUGUGUGGGGAGUGUGGGUACAGGACUGCAGAGAAGUCUCACUUAUCCAGGCACAUGAGAACUCAUCAUACGGAAGAGAAAACUUACAACUGUGACAGUACUAGUGAUACUGUACGUGUAUCGGAAGUAGUGGACGUGGACUCGCCACCUGCAGGUCCUGUUGCGAUACAUGAGGACCCAGACAAUAUAAAAACCGAACAAAUGUGAUCGAUGUGACUACUUAGUAUUUACCAUUGCAGAAGAACAAUUUUGACAACCUUAUCGUAGAUUGCAAAGUACCUUGUUGAGAAGUCCUGUUGCAAUACAUGAAAACCCAGGCAAUAUAAAAACCGAACAGAUGUGAACAAUGUGACUAUUAACUAUUGUAGAAAACUGCAAAUUUCAAGAACCAUGUUGUACAUAGGAAAAUACACUGCUUACAAGUGCUAACGUAACAUGUAUGUGUGAUGUAGUGUAUGUAACAUUACAGGUACAUUGUAGAUCUAUUUAUUCAUACGGAGCUCAAGUCAAACUAUUAGACUCUAGAGCAUUUUUUAGUUCAUACAGGUAUAAGUAACAUGUCUUAUAUGGUAUAGAACUAACAAGUAACGUGCUUUGAGUAGCCUAAAUGAUGUAAUAUCCUAGAUAGUAAAUAUUAUUAAGAAGAUUUGAACAGUUUUCUUUGUUCCACAACCUUCUUUGAUUCUUCAGCAAACGUUAAAACAGUUUUGACAAUCAUCUUUUGUCUUCCUCAGUGCAUAGUCAAAAAGAAGCUUUGUUUAGAAUCAUAGGUAACUAGUUGAUAGUGUCCAUUUUUAUCUUGGAACAGUCUUUUGUUGUUGCUGUUGUUUUUCACAGAAUUGCGACAACUACAAAACCAAAAAUAGUUUGCUAGAAUACAAUGUAAAUGUAUAGAUCGUACCUUGUGUCUGUACUGGUGCCAAGCUUGACUUGACAUUAAUCUAUAAUCAUCCUUUUUUCAAGUUGAAGUCUUGAGGCACUAAGGCGCUUAAAGUAUUAUUGAUAAAGUGUUGAUAAAUAAAUUUAUCCAAACUA